AAUUUUUUCACCAAAAUAAAUAAAUAAAAUAAUGUGAAGAUCUUUUAAUCCGCUGUCGUUUUGAGUUGAUUGAUCCAGGCUCCAAAGGAGGAAUCGCGCAGUGUGCAGUCGCCGAAUCCUGCUUUCAUUUCCAUCAGAGAAGGAGACAGAGAGACCAGCUUAAGAAGAGCGAAGCAGAGGUAAGAGAAUUACAGAGAGAAGGUGAUUGUGAAGAAUGGCUUGGAGACAACAGCUAUCUCGGAAUCUGAAGGAGCUUAGGAUCCUCUUCUGUCAAUCAUCCCCAGCAAGCUCCUCUGCCAGAGCUUUUGUGGAGAAAAAUUACAAGGAGCUCAAAACAUUGAACCCCAAGCUCCCAAUUUUGAUCCGGGAAUGCAGCGGGAUCGAGCCUCAGAUAUGGGCCAGAUAUGACAUGGGUGUUGAGAGGGGAGUUCGUCUGGAAGGUUUAAGUGAGGCACAAAUAUCAAAGGCACUUGAAGACCUUGUGAAAGUGGGUGCAUCUCUUAAAGCUUAAUAGAUGCUACAAUUGGACUUGUUAAAAUAGAAUAAAUGGACUCCCAAGGAACAUUUCUUUCUUAUGAAUCCUUGUCAUUUUGUUUUGAAUCCGAUGCAUCUUUAUAUAAGAUGAAUUAUUCGAGUUAUGUACUCUGUAGUGAGUGAUUUGUAAUUUGAAAUUGACAAAGAUUGAAUCCUUUGGAUGGUAGAAAUGUACUUUUUGGUAAUGAAAGUUUUAAUUGUUAGGUCA